UGGUACAAUAGGCCAGAAGUGGCCGCAGUACAAGGGACUUAGUCCCACCCCACUAGCAAUAAGAAAUGGUAAGAACCCACCAACCAGGAAGACAGUUUACCACUUGCACAAGAAAUUCGUGGCUACAGGUUGCUUGUGCCCAAAAAAGAAGAGUGGACGUCCCGGUGUGAGUGAAGAUGUGGAGCAUGUAAGAGAGACAUUCACGAGGAGUUCGAAGAAAUCAGUGCAUCGAAUUCAAUCAGAUUCUGAUACGUUCGUCUUCUAGCAGUAUGGGGUUCCACCCCAUUUUCAUGAUGAAGUUCGUGAAUACAUGAACACGGAGCUGCCCCAGCGAUGGCUCGGACGUGCUGCAGAAGGGGACAUGUUUCGUGAAAUGGCCUCCACGAUCGCCACAUAUCACUCCGUGUGAUUUUUUUUUCUAUGGUGAUACAUUAAAGAUCUGGUGUAUGUACUGCCUUUUCCACGUGAUGUAGCAGAGCUCAAGGAGAGAAUCCAGGAAGCGACUGCCACAGCCGACGAAGCCAUGUUGGGAAGGGUAUGGCAAGAAUUCGAUUACCGUUUGGACGUCUGCCGAGUCACUCAUGGUUCCCACAUUGAAAGUUUAUCAGCUCAAGCAAUGGAUCUACUACCACAUCUCCUGAUACUGACGAUCGUGAUGGCAGAUGUUGUUAAAGUUCAUCAUGCAGCAGACAAGCUUUUAGCCAUGAACCUUGAACAUAUCUUGAAAGUACAGAAAUUCAGGUGCAAGCAACCCCAGCCACGCCUCAUUCCAGUAGAAGAUCUCUUUAAUGUGAACUCAAAAGACCUGUACACCCCACGGGCGACAGUGUUGCAUCGAUGUGGCGAGGACACAGGCUGCUGUCCGAGAGAGGAUAUGACAUGUGUUCCUCAUGAAAUUGAGAUUGUGACACUGAUGUUUAGUGUUCAUGACACUCAGAAUCACAGAAAAUCAAAACAUGAACUGAAAGCUACAAAUCACACACUUUGCCAGUGUGUUGAUUUUGAAUAGCAUGAGGAAAACAUUUUGGAAGUAGUUUUUAGAAAGGGGCAAGCCCACAAGCAGACAGGUGAUGUGAAAGGGACAAUGACCAAUGGAACAAUGCCUCAGCACUCUGUCAACAGCUGUAUUACUGUUCUGUUACAUUUAUUCAUAUUUAUUACAACUGUACAACUGCACUUCUAGAAACAUUUCAGAUUUAAUAUAAGAAUAUGAGCCAUGGAUAUAAAAGUGAAACAUACACUUCAUCUACUUAGCCUGAAAGGCUGUGAAUGUGCAGGAUGUGAGGUUCUCAAAGCCAUGGCUAUGUUAUGCCAUGUACUCUAGUAAAGUUUACUAGCAUUGUGGAGGAAUGUACUGCUUUCAUUGUCAGCUCUGCUUGCUGCUUCCUUGGCAGCUUGACCGUGAAGUUGUGGAGGCAGUGCAUUCUUUUCAAGGAAUGGUAAACUUCUCUCAGACCACACAGUCUAACAUCCCAGGAAAUUUUCUCUUCAAUGUAGAUGUGGUUCAAGUUAAGAUGUUUUCAUUAUUAGUCCACAGUAACAAAGAAAAUAAUUAAAUACAGUCUGAGAAUUGUACCUGCUACUUCCAAAAUGAAGCACAGAUGGUGUGACAUAUAGAGUGUGACUUUUGAUAGAAAUGAAAGGCAAUGCCAUAGCUUAACAGCCCCUUCCCCUGGCACUGCAUUAAAACAGACAGUUUAAUUAAAAUUAAUGUGUUUUAUAUAGUGUUUAUGUAAAAGUAGACAUAAAACUUAAUGGAGCAGUUAUUUCAAAAAUCAAGUGAAACUUUGUGCGGGAUUAGAGGUUUUCACAGUGGUGAUUAUGAAGAGUUCUGUCUUCUGAGUUAUAAAGCCACGUAGUUCAUCGGAAGUGAAUCAACAUUUCAGAGGUAUAUGUCGCCUCCAUCUUCAGGGUCGAAGAAUAAGCCAAGCAGGAAGCUACAACAAUCAAGCAGAGCCAUCAACUUGCUUGGCUUAUUCUUCGACCCUGAAGAUGGAGGUGAUGUGUUCCUCCAAAAUAUUCAUUGACUUUCAACAGAUUAUGUGACUUUACAUCCCAGAAGAUAGAAUUCUUCAAGUGAAACAUUUUUAACAGGACCUGCAUGUAUAGUAUACAAUGUAACUAAAAUUCAAUGCUAAUGAUUUUAAAUAAUUUUCAACAAUAUUUAAAGUACAUACAUGACAUAAAACAAGAUUUUUCUAGACUUGUGAUGCCACCUUCUCAUGCUUCUGCCUAUAUGGGGAGGCCAGCUGAAGUAAAUACAGCUUGGUGGAGUCCCUCUUUAUUUACAUUUUCCAAUAUCCAGAAUUCAUAAAACAUAACCAGAAGUGACAUUGCUUGCUGCAGCCAUAUUUGCAGGUCCAAAACACACACAGUAUGUAUGUGAAUUAUUGCACUGUACACUUUCAAAGAGGACUAACUCACCAGAAUACAUCUAUGUGAUGUUUCUACUACUCAGAGGUACAGGUUGGUUUCUCAUGUCAAACUACCCUUAGGAAUUUAACGUGCUGUGAUGAAGUAAGACUGACAGCCAUGUAAAAUGGUUGCAUAUACAUUUAUAUAUUAUGUAUUUUAGUUAUUACAUUUUCUGAAUUUAUGAGAUAACGCCUAAGUGAAAUAUAUGCUGCAAACCAAGAAUUACUGGGGGCUACACUUUGUCUAAAACGUCUCUUGGGGAUAUGUCAUAAUUUGAACACACAACCGUAUGGAGGAAAGUCCUAUAUGUUCCACAGGAUCUCCAAUAUGGCAAUUUUGGUUCCUACAAUAUAUAAAAAAACAAAAUAUAAUUGCAUUCCAAAAGUUUCAUCACUAUUUGACGAUGACGAAACAUCAAAGACGUUUAAGACACACAACAGUCAUAUAGUUACUUCUGACAGUACUAUUUGUCAACCACUACGUGUGUCCUGCUUUGUGUAAACUUCAUGGCAGCUGCACUUGUUGUGAAAACACUCAGGAAACAUGUACACAGAAUGCUGCAUAACAGAAGGAAAAAUGAGAAAAAUAAUAUUUUAUUUGCUUUUUAUUAUCAAUCAUUAGUAUUUUUCCUGAUCACAAAGACUAGCAACAGGCUGGAUGACUGAGGGGUCAGAGUUUGAGUCCUGGUAGGUUCAAGAAUUUUCUCUUCUGCGC